AUGAUCGAGCCUGCUUCAGCCACGGCAUCAACUGCCACUCACCAAAGCCAAACUGAAGCCAGCACAACCUCGUCGAUGCCCGAUAUCACCCAGCUCCCACUCCAACACAGCCCAGAUAUCUUCACAAUCGUGUGCUUCAACGACAGUUUCCAGAUCGCCCUCGAUCACAGCACCAUCAAGACCCUGCUCCGAGUGUGCAAGCGCACCCGCCCUCUCCUGAGCUCCAAGGUGCCUCGCCUCCACACCUGGUGUCAGAAGGAAGGACUGUGCAAUCCAGACGGACAGAUGCGAAUCGGCCUCACACCAAAUGACCAGAUUGCCAUCUCGCUUCAUUGCAAGGAUCAAGUGACAGCGAACCGAUCCUGGUUGAAUAAUCAAGCAGACCAAGGAAACCCAUCAUCAUCGUAUUUUUUGGCACGGAUCCUUCAAGUCGAUCUCGCUAUCGAUCAGUCUGCAGACAAAUCAGAGGCUAUCCGCCAGCGAAUCUUCCGCCAUUUGGAGAACGCCGCCAACACAAGCCAUCCUAUGGCACAGUUCCGACUGGCCGAGUGUUAUCGCAGCGGAGUUGGAAUCAGCCAAGACCACACCAAGGCUGUCGAGCUGUAUCGGGGUCUUGCAGAUCGCGGAAUCUCUCAGGCCCAAAUUGCUCUCGGAAGUUGCUAUCAGUAUGGUGAAGGUGUCGAUCAGAGCUUCACUACCGCCAUCGAGUGGUACUCCAAGCCUGCGGAUCAGGGCAGUGAAGAUGGUCGACUCCACAUCGAGCUCCUCCGAGCAUGGCUCUCGUUCAUCGGCCACGAUGUCGAACAGAGCGACGAAGUUGCCUUCAACCACUGGCAGGAAGUUGGCACCAGGUCCAACAACCCUGUCCUCAAACCCAUCGCCACUCACAUGGUUGGGUGGAUGCACUACCUCGGCCGGGGUACUGUCCAGGACAAGCAGAAGGGCAUCGAGAUCAUUCGAGUGAACAAAUCGCAUGAGUUCAAGUUCGGAGAGUCGGAAUGUCUGGCUGGUGAUUCGACUUUAUCCGACUCGCCCACAUCUCGCAAGUUCUUUGAGUUGUGUCGGCUGGGAUCGGAGCGAGACUGGCUCUGCAGGCACCUGAUGGCUGCAUGUCUGCACCUUGGAUUCGGAACCACUGGGGACCGGGAAAAGGCAGCUGGUGACUUCGAACAGCUCGCCAACGAAGGCCAUAGCGACAGCCAGUUUUGGAUUGGAGAGUGCUACUACCGUGGCCAGGGUGUACCAGAGGACGACUCGAAGGCAUUCGAGUGGUACACCAAGUCUGCCUACCAAGGCAAUUCCUACGGACAGUGGAUGGUUGGUGCGUGCCGUUUCUAUGGACAUGGAGUCACCGAGGACUUCACCAAAGCAGUCGAGUGGCUCCGCAGGUCGGCCGAGGAGGGCAAUCGAUACGGACAGUAUACUCUUGCCGUGUGCUUUGAAAGCGAAUUUGGUGUCCCCGAAGACAGGGAAACUGCCGUCUUCUGGUAUCGCAAGUCUGCUUACCAGGAUCAUCGAGGUGCCAUAGACAGCCUCAAGCAUCUCGGCAAGUGGCCGUGAUCCACUGAGUACCACUCCCAAACCAUCACAUUCCGAUACUGAACAUGCAAACGGUCAGCCACGCAAAUUGCGCCGCCAUCAUCCAUCCCAGACACCAUGGUACCGACAGUGAUAUUCCACAAUGGUUCCGAUGAAGCGGCGAUGUUGUAUUUGGCAUCCAAUACAUCCAAUACAUCCAAUACAUCCAAUACAUCCAAUACAUCCAAUACAUCCAAUACAUCCAAUACAUCCAAUA